AUGAUUGCUGCUACCUUGCCAUUCGAACUUCUCACACACAUUAGUCUCUUUUUGUCUACAAAGGAAAAAUAUACAUGUUCCUUUGUCUGUAAAUCAUGGCAGGCUCCGUUUCAGGAAUCCUUGUGGAGUCUCCUAGUAAUCUGUAGUCAAGUCGGCCUUACUUCUCUCUUCAAACUACUUUCUUCCAACGAAAAUAUCCUUGAAAGAACAGAAGAUCAUCAUCUCCAAAGCACUUUUCAAAACAUUAAGUACCUAGACAUUAGAUACGAUGGUGUAUUGGUCUUAGAUUUGUGGAAAAGCACAAACUGGAAUCUUUGGAGUAAUCUGACUCAAAUGUGGAUUACUUUUAAUACGUUAAGAGCCGAGAAUCAGACGGAAUAUUUUGUCAAUACUAUGUCUUAUUUACCUCAACUUUGGAGGCUGUAUAUCAAGAACGCAUCUGGGAAACAAGUCCUCAAUUUUACGAUGCAAGACUUGGAGAAUUUACACGAUAAUUUACCACGCCUAAGAGAGCUCACGAUAGUUAAGCCGACGAUCUUAUUCAGACCUGAAGACUGUCGCCAUGUAAACGAUGUAUAUCCAGCCAAAAACUUGAAAGUUCUAAAACUACUCGAAGUCGCCAAAGUACACCAGCAAUGGAUACAUUAUUUUUCCCGAAAAUACUGCAACUUAAAUACACUGAUAUUCAAAACCACCCAUUUUAUCGAACUUUCCAACCAACAAAAAGAAGAGUAUGAGUCGAUUAGCUCAGACCACAAUCCUAGUUUUCCAGAUCUGAAUACCGUUGAAAUCAGCUGUCUUAACGAUCUAUCAAAGAUGCACACUCCCUUUUUUAACACCAUUCGUACCCCAAGCCCACCACUCAAACGCCUGAAGCACACCUUUGAUUUCAGUCAUGAUAACUCUGAAAAUAUCGAAAAUACGCUCAAAGACUACAUUAAUACCUAUCUCUCGACCCUUGAAACUCUUUUAGUGAACAUUGUUAAAUUCCGUAGACCUCCAUAUACACUGGCCGAUAUGUUUUAUCCUUCUCCUAACAUUGUUGAAUUGGAAGUUACGGCACAAUAUUCCGACAUGGCAUUAGAUAAAUUUUUGGAAAAAUAUGUGUCAUUGAGAAAGAUGCGAAUCUCUGAAGCCAGUAUCUUGCUAACUCCAGAUCUACUAAAUAAGAAGCCAGCAAAUACACAUCCUCUUCGAGUUAUUGAAAUUAAUGACGCAAAAGCCAAUGCAGAUGCUUUAGAGUAUCUGUCUUCUCAUUGCAAACAUCUUAGCUACAUGCGUUUAUCCAGAGUUGAUAUAUACGGGAAUCAAACUCAAGAUGCAAGAAACCUCAACAUUGAUAUGUCCCACACGCAUUUCAAAAAGUUGAAUCUCCAGCUCGUCAAAUUCUAUCCGUUUUAUGACCAAUCGGUAGUAGACCACAUCUUUACCUUUAUUGCAAUCUCCCCGACUUCACAGGAUGUAAAAAGACGAAGCAUAAGCAACCGCGGUGACGAUUCGCCAGUGGAUAACAAUAUGAAUAACAUUGAUAAUCUUGGGUUAUCUGUUGGAUCAAAAUGGUUCAGCGUGACUUACAGUAAAGGAUUUCGCAACUCACGCAAGUAUUUUCUUACUAAGCUGGAUGAGAGCGAUGCCCAAUGCGCCAGCCAGCAUUUCUUUUCUAACAAAGAAAACCCUGAUCCCGUCAAUAUUGUAAAGGAGCCAUGGCCACCCAGACUUUUCAAGUACACUUGCUACCACACUCGAAUAUCAAACUCACAAGCUUAUUGUAACUUCAAGUAUGGCUCUAUUGAUAGCUUUAAAUUUACUUUUGAUGGGAUACGUGAUCAAAAGAUCUGGGACAAAAUCUUUAAAUUGAAUUGA